AACCCUGCAUCUGGGGGAACUGGGAAGAGCUCACAGCAGCAAUGGCGAACGAACUGGAAGAGUUAUUGGGCUUCCUGUCGUCGCCGUCUCCGCAGGUGAAGAAAGCAGCUGUUGAUAUUGUUCAGGGAUUAACUGGGUCUGAAGAUGGGCUGCAAUCCCUUGCCAACUACUCAGAUAUUGUGCUCCCUUCAUUAUCUCGCCUUUUAGGUGAAAAGAAGGAGGUGUCAGAACCCGCAGCAGAAGCACUUGUAAAUCUGUCGCAAAAUUCAGAGCUAGCAGCAAAGAUGAUUGCGAUGGGAAUGAUUAAAACAGCCAUGGAUAUUUUAUAUAAGCAAGGGUCUUGCAUUACACGGCUGCUGGUUAUGCUUCUAGUUAAUCUCACACAGUUGGAUGAUGGCAUUGCUACCUUGCUUCAGACUGGAGAUGAGAAGAUCCAUGGACUGUAUGUUAUGAAGCUUGUGAGAUCAUUCUGUACAUCAUCCCAUGAAAAAAAUGAUGAUCCAUUUGAACAUGUUGGUUCCAUACUUGUGAACAUCUCUAAACAAGAAACAGGAAGGAAAAUUUUGUUGGACCCUAAGCGAGCACUUCUAAAGCAGAUCAUUAGGCAGUUUGAUUCGAGAAGUCCACUAAGAAAGAAGGGGGUUUCUGGAACCAUUCGCAACUGCUGCUUCGAGGCUGAGAGUCAACUGCAGAAUUUGCUGCUGAUAUCUGAGUUUCUUUGGCCUGCUCUGCUUCUGCCAGUUGCUGGCAACAAGAUAUACAGUGAACAUGACACAUCAAAAAUGCCCCUUGAGCUUGGGAGUGCACUGUCAAUUGAGCGUGAAGCGAUUAGUGAUCCUGAAAUUCGCACUCAAGCAUUGGAGGCUAUUUAUUUGAUUGCCUUACAGGAGGCGGGCCGAAGAGCUCUUUGGUCUGUUAAUGGACCACGCAUUCUACAAGUAGGGUAUGAAGACGAGGAAGAUCCGAAAGUAAUGAAAGCAUAUGAACAAGUUGGCUCAUUGCUGGUUCAGUGCAGUGGAGCAGAGGAACAAUCUACCAAGGCAGGGAAGUAGCCUACUCGCUCUGUGUCCGUUAUGAUUAAUUAUCAAUAUGUUUGGGGUUUAGCUGUCGUCGUGAAGGCCAUCAGAACUUGAGCUAAUGCUGUUGGGCAUAUUUUUGGUGGGUGCAGCCAUCUUCAUUCAACCUCUCUCAGCUCUUUCAGUCCUAAUCUGUAAUCCUGUCAUGGUCACGGGUUUAAAGUUGGUUAUCGCUUGGGUAGUCUGGGUCAGCCUCGUGGCCCUUAUUACUAUAUUUUGAAGGGCAAGGGCAACACAAAACAGAGAUUACUUUGAUUGUACAAGGUCCAUCUUUUGUUAGUUUUAAUUAUACAAGGAUUUUCUUCUGUGCUAUUGGAGUUUCUUAGAACUGUUGCGGUAGGGAAUUUCUUUGGGUUGGGUCGAACAGUAAACAGUGUCUCUAAUUUGCUGGUUUAAUUAUACACAUAUUAUAUCACAAGCUAA